AUGUCUUUCUUUCCUCUGGACGUUCACACAUGCGAUGGAGACGUUUCUCGGACAGAAAUCUCCAGUAUCACACUGAUGUUCUUUGACACAGUCGUAGCCGAACUGUGUCACAAAUGUGGAACGUUCGAACACUUCGAAUAUGAAGAUGAAGACGGUGAUCGCAUCGCCAUACGGAGCGACGAUGACAUGCCUGCUUUCGUGGCCUUUCUGGAAAGGGAGCACACGGCUACCAUCUUCCCUGCGAUUCUUGACGAUAUACCGGCGAUCAUUCCGUCGGAUUUGAAACAUUUGAACCUCAUCUCACAAGGACAGAGCAUACAUAUACCAUCUGAUCGUGUCCUUGCUGUGAAAUGCGUUUCUCUGGAUAGUUAUGAGGAACAACGUGAUAGUGCCAUAAGUGAAUUAGCUCUUAUCAAAAAGGUUUGUUACUGUGUGUCGUCUUUUUUAGAGUAG